AUGGGCCAACCUGUGCCUAAUGUGGAACAUGCUGUUUCAGUACAACUGCCCACCUGGGAUGACAUUAAGGAAAUGUUUACCGGCGCGCCUCGGGUAAAGAAUGCUCAGCUUACUGGCUAUCCGCGUUCGUUUAUCCACGAUGAUGUCAAAAAGUUUAAUCAAGCAUGCCUUGACAAGUUCUCCAAUGACAAAAACGCAUGCUUCUUCUUUCCUUCCCUUGACUACGCAUGGGCAUGUCGUCGUUUUGCGACAUCGGUGGAAAUCCACGGAGAAGCAGCUUUACCGGAUCAUAUUUUGUCUAUUCGCUCACUUGAGAUCGAGCUAAAGCCAGCCAAAGAAGACGAGAGUCAUGAUUUUAUCACUCUCCACGGUGUUUUCUGCCCCAAGGAUCGUGAACUGCUCCUUCACACUUUCUGGCGCUUGGUUGGCGUCGGUAUUUCCUCCCGUCUGGCUCAAAACCUCAAUGCUCGAAUGCAAACUCUCCGUGAUAUAAGUGGUGACACCGCGCGCAAUGAGUAUCCAACCGUGCGUGGCCGAUGGUCUGAGCGCGCUCAUCGCAAGCUGUGCCAGCGUAUUGCCAAUCUUCUUGAGCGGGCUCCAAGCUGUACGACCCGGAGUGAAGUCGUCGCUCGCGAUGAUGUUUAUCUCUAUUCCACCGGGAUGGCAGCCAUUUACCAUACGCAUCAGCUCCUGCUCCACUGGCGCGGAACUUCCUCUGUGGUCUUUGGUUUCCCAUACGAACUCACUCUCAAACUCGUCGAGACCUUCGGCCCUGGAGCAAGGUUCUUCCCUUUUAUCAAUGAAGCUGACCUCGAGAAACUGGAAGAGCACUUGGCACAGCAAUCUGCUGCUGGAACGCCGGUGCAGGCCAUUUGGUGCGAAUGUCCUUCCAAUCCUCUGCUGCGCACGGCCAACAUGCAACGAAUCCGCGCUCUGGCAGACAAGUUCAAGGCUGCUGUCGUGGUUGAUGAGACCGUUGGCGGGUUCGCCAACGUUGAUUUACUGGGUGUUGCCGAUAUUUUGGUUACUUCAUUGACCAAGAGCUUCAGCGGGUCUGCUGAUGUUAUGGCGGGAAGCAUCGUGUUGAAUUCUUCCUCCCCUUUCUAUGAAGCCUGGAAGAAUUACCUUGAGACGAACUACCAAAAUUGUCUUUACGGUGGUGAUGCUCAGAAGCUUGAAGAAAACAGCCGGGAUCUGUUGAUGCGCACGGCGCACAUCAAUAACAGCGCCAGCUACUUGGCUGAGGCCCUUCAGCCGCUGAUCAACGAUCCAAAGAGCGUCAUUACUCAUAUCUAUCACCCGAAGCUAGACCCUCAGUCCCAGAAUUACCGCUCUCAAAUGCGCCAGCCGACCGAAGAGUUUACUCCCGGCUACGGCGGGCUGUUCACCCUUCAAUUCGAGGAUGCUGAGAUGGCAAGUGUCUUCUUUAAUGCCUUGAAUGUGCACAAAGGUCCAUCCCUUGGAGCCCCUGUCACACUGGCCCAGCCUUACGUGCAAACGGUUUUUCACAAGCAGAAAGCCUGGGCUGGGGAGUGUGGCCUGCACGAGUCGAUCGUCCGGGUGUCAGUUGGACUAGAAGACAAGCGUGCUCUUUUAGCUGCGUUCCGAACAGCGCUGGCUGUGGCAGAUAACUCUAAGGCUUCUCGGGUUCAUGGAGCAACCGGCGAAAAUGAAGACCACUCUGGAGCCAGCGGAGUGACGGAGAAGGCUGCGACCAUUUUGGACUCUACAUCUGCGGAGGACAUGGCAAUGAGCGAAAAGAGGUAG